CGGCGCAAGAUGGCGGCGGGAGGGGCCCAGGUUGCUGCUCUGGCCGCCGAGUGAGGGGCGGGGGGGGCCCGGGGGCGCGCGGCCCGAGACCCCCCCGGCCGCCCUCCUCCUUUCUUUGUUCCUGUGGCUGGGGGGGUAUCCCCUCCUCCACAACAUGGAGCCAUCUCCUCUGUCUCCCAGUGGGGCAGCACUUCCCCUGCCGCUGUCGCUGGCUCCGCCCCCACUACCCCUGCCAGCAGCUGCAGUGGUACAUGUGUCCUUCCCUGAGGUGACCAGUGCCCUCUUGGAGUCCCUCAAUCAGCAGCGUCUGCAGGGCCAGCUCUGUGAUGUGUCUAUCCGAGUGCAGGGCCGGGAGUUCCGGGCUCAUCGGGCUGUCCUGGCUGCCUCCUCCCCUUACUUCCAUGAUCAGGUCCUACUCAAGGGCAUGACCUCCAUCUCGCUGCCCAGUGUCAUGGACCCAGGCGCCUUUGAGACUGUCCUAGCCUCCGCUUACACUGGCCGCCUCAGCAUGGCUGCUGCUGACAUUGUCAACUUCCUUACAGUGGGGUCUGUGCUCCAAAUGUGGCACAUUGUGGACAAGUGCACUGAACUACUCCGAGAAGGCCGGGCCUCAGCUACCACCACCAUCACUACUGCUGCAGCCACCUCUGUCACUGUCCCUGGUGCUGGGGUGCCAUCCGGGAGUGGGGGCACUGUGGCCCCUGCUACCAUGGGCUCUGCGCGCUCCCAUGCCUCCAGCCGGGCCAGUGAGAAUCAAUCUCCCAGCAGCAGCAACUACUUCAGCCCCAGGGAGUCCACUGAUUUCUCAUCUUCCUCCCAAGAGGCAUUCGCAGCUUCUGCAGUGGGCAGUGGGGAGCGUCGAGGAGGUGGCCCUGUAUUCCCAGCCCCUGUCGUUGGCAGUGGGGGGGCCACAUCUGGAAAGCUGCUGCUGGAGGCAGAUGAGCUGUGCGAUGAUGGUGGGGAUGGGAGGGGGGCAGUGGUUCCUGGGGCUGGGCUCCGGAGACCCACCUAUACACCCCCUAGCAUCAUGCCACAGAAACACUGGGUAUACGUGAAGCGAGGUGGUAAUUGCCCAGCACCAGCACCCCUGGUUCCCCAAGACCCAGAUCUGGAGGAGGAAGAGGAGGAGGAAGAUCUGGUGUUGACCUGUGAGGAUGAUGAAGAUGAAGAACUAGGGGGUAGCUCCAGGGUUCCAGUGGGGGGAGGGCCUGAGGCUACCCUUAGCAUCAGUGAUGUCCGUACCCUGAGUGAGCCCCCAGACAAGGGGGAGGAGCAGGUAAACUUCUGUGAGUCCUCCAAUGACUUUGGCCCAUAUGAGGGUGGGGGUCCUGUGGCAGGUCUUGAUGACUCGGGGGGGCCAACUCCCUCUUCCUAUGCCCCCUCCCACCCUCCUCGACCGCUCCUUCCCUUGGACAUGCAGGGCAACCAGAUCCUGGUCUUCCCGUCGUCGUCUUCAUCCUCAUCCUCACAGGCUCCUGGCCAACCACCAGGGAACCAAGCAGAACACGGGGCAGUGACCGUGGGGGGCACGUCGGUGGGGAGCCUGGGUGUGCCGGGUAGCGUUGGUGGGGUCCCUGGAGGGACUGGCAGCGGAGACGGGAAUAAGAUCUUUCUGUGCCAUUGUGGGAAGGCUUUCUCCCACAAGAGCAUGCGGGACCGGCACGUGAACAUGCACCUCAAUCUGCGGCCGUUUGAUUGCCCCGUGUGCAACAAAAAGUUCAAGAUGAAGCACCAUCUGACUGAGCACAUGAAGACGCACACAGGUCUCAAGCCCUACGAGUGCGGAGUCUGCGCCAAGAAGUUCAUGUGGCGAGACAGCUUCAUGCGCCACCGAGGACACUGUGAGCGCCGGCACCGCCUGGGCGGGGUCGGGGCCGGACCUGGGGCUGGGACGCCCACGGGGCCAUCCUUGCCGUCCAAGAGAGAGUCUCCCGGAGCGGGCGGGGGCAGCGGCGACGAAGCGAGUGCGGCCACGUCCCCGUCCAGCAGACGUGUCUGGUCCCCACCCAGCGUCCACAAGGUGGAGAUGGGCUUCGGUGGAGGUGGAGGAGCAAACUGAAGGGGCAGGCUACUGGGGUGGGGUAGCUUUCGGGAAAGGGAAUAAGGAGCACGAUGCAAGGGCGCUGUGGCCCCCGGGUGAUCUCCCACCACACUUACUGUCUUCCUUUAUCUCUGUGGACUUGUAUAUAUUCUGGAAGGGGAACCACAGUUGCACCAUCGCCCGCCCAUUCUACUACUCAACCCCUCCCUCCCAAGGUAUUUCCAGAACUAAGCCCUUCCUUUCCCUCUGAUGGGUACACUGAAGCCCCUGCUCCACAGAGUAGGGCGCACAUGGAGGGAGGGAGAGGGGGUGUGUUGAACAUCCUGCAGUCACAGGGUCGGGGUCAGGUGGUUGUAGUCUGUGCCUGAAGUCUGUGUUUGUGUUGUCGUGGAGACAAGGCCUUUGAGCCCCACCCUUGUCCUAGAACCUACCCCCUCAAGGAUGCACUCUUUAUUUCUACCCUGUCCCUUCCCGCCACCCCCCACUUCCCGUGGAAAUUCCCAAUUCGGUUCUCAUGGAAGAGUGGGUGGAGACAAGGAAGGAGUAAGUCGUAGGAGUACAAGGUUUUUAUUUUUUUUAACAGUGAUUAAAAUAUUUAUUGGUCAUUUA